AUGACGGCGCCUCUCUCCCGCUCACCCCCGUACUCCCUCCCCCUCCGCUCGCGCCUUACCCUCAUCGCCCUCCUCGCGCUCCUAGCCCUCCUCGUCGCCCUCCUCCGCGCCGCAGACGCCCUCACCAAACCGCCGGACACCAAGGCGUGCGUCGCGAAGGUGGCGGAGGUCGACCGGGAAGCCAUGCGCGCGGUGUACGCGGCUUUGCCCGAGAAUCUGUUCUUCUGGCCAGACGAUCUCGGCUUCAGCAACUGGCCGAUUCGGAUGUUAGACGAUAACGACAACGUCACCUACUGCUGCGUCACGCCUAGGCCCGACGCGGCGUCGUGCUACCUCUCGUGCCCCAUCAAGUGCACGCCCGCAGGCCGCAUCACCAGCAUCGUCUCGUCACCCAGCCGCGAGGACAUGCCCGGGCCCGCGGGGACUCAGGGGGGGAGCUGUCCGCCCGGCGCGCUGUCGCCCGCCAUUGGCGACCUCGCGGAGCUCUCCUCGCUGGUGUUGCGCCACUCGUGCCUCGCCGGCGGCCUGCCGGAUUCCGUCACGCGCCUCCAGAAGCUGACGGAACUCGACAUGUCUGAUAACAGCUUCUCCGGCCCCGUUCCGCCCGGGCUCUUCCGCCUGCCCCGUCUCAGCCUCGUAGAUCUCAGCACCACCAUUGGCGGCGGCCUUUCAGGGUCCCUUCCCGACGGGCCCGGCGCGUACUCCCCGUCGCUGGAAACGGUCCGCCUUUCCGGGAACCUCUUGUCGGGGGAGCUUCCGCGCGCGCUUUUCCGGUCGCGCUGGCUGCAGGAGGUGCGCCUGGAGAGCAACAACUUCACGGGGGAGCUCCCGGGGGAGGCGGGGGCGUACGCGCGCAACAUCUUCGCGCUCUCCCUGCGCAGCAACGGGCUGACCGGCGGCAUUCCGCCGGUGCUGGCGGAGAUGACUGCGCUGAGGGAGCUCGACCUGGGGGACAACGGCCUGUCGGGGUCCAUCCCAACGGCCAUCGCCACUCUCUCGCCGCUCACGCGCCUCGCGCUCGAUCAGAACCGUUUGACCGGAGACAUCGUCGCUGCGCUCGUUCCUGAAGCUGCCGCUGCGACUGGUGCACCUGAUCAAGCUCCUGGCGCUCCGGACGCCGUUGGCGCUGCUGCGGCGUCUGCUGCUGGUCUCCGCGCGGCGUUCCAGAUGCUCGAAGUUCUCGACGUCAGCAGCAACCAGCUCUCCGGCGACGCGGCCGCGCUCGCGCCGCUCCCGCGCGGCCUGGGCAACCUGAACGCGUCGCGCAACAACCUUACGUGCAGCGCCGGGAGCGACCUCUUUGCGGGCGCGCCCUCCACGGACCUCUCGCACAACCGCAUCAGCGGCGCGUUGGCGAAUGUCGUGCGCGUGUCCGGCCUGCAACGGUUGCGCGUGGCGCACAACGAGCUGUCGGGGAGCAUCCCCGCGGACCUGCUUUCCGCCGUGGGCGACGAGCUCGACCUCUCGCAUAACCUGCUCUCCGGCACCAUUCCGCACCUCUGCGGCCCCAGGACGCGCAUCGACCUCUCGUACAACAACCUCACGGGCGAGCUCCCGCGCGACGCGGCCGCGUACAAGUCCAGCCUCGAGUCGCUCUCGCUGCGCGCCAACGGGCUGACCGGCGCGAUUCCGCCCGCGCUGGCGGGGACGAUGCGCGGGCUGACGUACCUCGACCUGGGGGAGAACCGCCUGUCGGGCGCACCCACGACGCUCGCGCCGCUGCGCGGUCUGGACGUCGUGCGCCUCGACGGCAACGCGCUGAGCGGGCCGUUCUGCGACGCACUGCUGCCGGCGCGCGAGCUCUGGCUUGGCUUCAACGCCUUUGGCGGCAGCGGCGGCGGCGGCGGCGGCAGCGGCGGAGAGGGGGAAGGGGGGCAGGGGGAGGGCGAUCUGCACGGGUGCGUGGUGCCCGCGCGGCUAGAGGUGCUGAGCGCGCCGCACGCGGGGCUGAGAGGGAGCGUUCCCGACGACCUGUUUCUACGAAUGGACGAGCAGAUGGGGCGCAUUGCCUUGGGCUCGCAAACACAGAGGCUGCACGUGAACCUCAGCCGCAACAGCCUCACGGGCACCCUGAAAGCCUUCUCCGUGAUCCGCAACGGGAGCCUGGAUGUGUCGCACAACAAUUUCACGGGCAGCAUUCCGGAGGCGUUGUUCCGCCUGGCGAGCGGGGGAGAGCUGGAGCGCGGGGCGAGCGGGGCGAGCGGGAGCGUGGAGGAGAGCAGGUGGGGGCUGGAGCGAGAGCGAGUGGUGGUGGACGUGCAGAGCAACGAGCUGUCAGGGCCGCUGUUUGACGCGCGCAGGCCCGCCGGCGAGUGGCCGUCCUACUGGAACAAGCUGCGAGCGUCCGCUGCGGAGACUGAGGCUCUGCUGGCCGUGCGCGAUGCACUCCUGAGGGGAGCAGCGGGGAGAGCAGCGGGGGGAGCAGGUGGGGCAGCAGAGGCGGUAGCACUGGUGAACGGUGGAAACAGCUCGUGGGCGGCGAUACUGAGCAGCUGGGAUGCGAGCAGCAGCAGCAGCAGCGGUAGUGCGUGUGAGUGGUACGGCGUGGGGUGCACAGCAGACGGGCACGUGCACACGCUGCACCUGCUGGGCGAUGCUACAGUCGCACUGCACCCCAACGUUCUCCCCGACAUGCCCGACUGCGAGAAAGGCCUGUAUGGGGAGUUCUCAUGCACCUUUGAGCCCCUGCCACCUCCCCGCACUACGAGCUUCUUCCUGCAGGGCCUGCGUGGGGGAAGUGGGAGCGGGAGUGAGAGCGCGAGCGCAAGCGGGAGUCUGUCGGAGGCGUUGGGGCAGCUGACGCACCUCACCUCUCUGCGCAUCUCCGGGCACGUCCUCUCCGGCGGCCUGCCACUGUCCCUCUCGCGCCUCUCCCACCUCGUCGCUCUCGACCUCUCCUCCAACCGCCACCUCUCCGGCUCCAUCCCCCCCGCCCUCUUCGCUCUCCCCUCGCUGCGAGAGCUCACCCUCCGCGGUAACAACCUCACGGGAGCGCCACUCCCAACCACCACCGCAGCACCAGCAGCAACGCUGCCAGUGCCGGGUUUGGAGAGUCUAGACGUGGGGGGGAACGCUCUGUCGGGGUCCAUUCCAGCGCAGGUGAGUCUUCUCACGGGGCUGACGCGCCUGGCGCUGGACCACAACCAGCUGGACGGCAGCUUGCCACGGGAGCUUGGCGCACUCUGGAUGCUCCGAGACCUGCACCUGCAGGGGAACGCCUUUCGGGGCGGCCUCGAUGACAUCACCACUGCCAUCGACCCACCUGCCAACGCCUCGUUCGGCAUAGAUCGCUAUCGGAGCCUCAUCAAAUUGUUCCCUCUGCUCGCCGUCCUCGACGGAAGACGCCGCUUCUUACAUGCUCCCCCUCCUUACUUCCCGCUGUUGCGCUACCUGAACGCGUCGCACAACAACCUCACGUGCGAGUCGCGGCAGAACUUCCAGCAGAUUGCAUCCGUGGUGGACCUCUCCCACAACCAGAUCAGCGGCGAGCUGGUCAACAUCGUUGAGGUGGCGUGGACGGAGCAUGCGUUGAUGGAUGUGCUGCGCCUCUCGCACAACCAGCUGUCGGGGGAUGUGCCCUCCUAUCUGCUGGGAGCAUUGGGUGGAGAGCUGGACCUUUCCCACAACCUGCUCACCGACACGCUGCCGGCGCUGAAUCCCGCAAUGACCGUCGUCAACCUCUCCCAUAACCAGCUCUCUGGAUCCCUCCUGCCUGUGGCUGCCUGCUCUCGCUGCACUCACGUGGACCUCUCUUACAACCUCCUCUCCGGUGCCAUUCCCCCCCUCCUCGCCUCCUCGUCCUCCCCACUCGGCCACCUCAACCUCCGCAGCAACCUGCUCUCGGGCUCGCUGCCCCGCUCCCUCGCUCAAGCCCCCAUGCUCACCCACCUGGACCUCUCACGCAACAAGCUCAAGGGCUCCCUGCCUGCCUUCUGCCAGGGCAAGCAGCGCCUCGCCUCUCUCCUCCUCUCCUCCAACGCUUUCUCCGGCCCCCUCUCGUCCCUCCUCCCCUCCUCCUCCUCCUGCGCCUCCUCCCUCCUCUCCCUCAAUGUCUUUAGCAACCAGCUCUCUGGCUCGCUCCCCUCUUCCCUCUCGCGCUUCACCGCUCUGCACUCCUUGCAAACGGCGCGCAACCGCAUGAGCGGCAGCAUCCCCGCAGGGCUGACAUUGCUGACGGCCCUGCAAGAGCUGGACGCAUCGUGGAGCGGGCUGUCAGGCACCAUCCCUGCGCUACUGCGUGCUGCUGCCCCCUCCUUGCAAGUGCAACUCGCUGGCAACGCCCUCUCUGGCUCUGUCCCAUCCUCCCUCUCUGACUUGCCAGUGUCCUGCUUCCGCCCCGGCAACCCCAAGCUCUGUGGGAAACCUCUGCUUGACUGCAAGAAGAGCUCUACGAAGCCCAGGAAGGGCAGGGUGUAG